UCACCGCGGGGCAUUGUGGGGCGGAGGCGGCCUUUCUCUGCGUACAGGCGGUCGGGAAAUCUUCAAGUAAAUAACGUUAACAGGGGGGAGGAGCAGUCAUAGUGCAGCCUGCGGGGAAAAAAAACAACACUUUAAAAUCGUGUUGCGCUGAGCUUCAAAUAUUAAAAAUCGUAUUAUUACAUAAAUAUGGGACAGGAGGAUCUCAUGAGCACAGCCGAAGACGUGGCAGACCAGUUCCUUAGGAUAACCAAACAGUAUCUGCCCCACCUGGCACGUCUGUGUCUCAUCAGCACUUUCCUGGAAGAUGGCAUCCGCAUGUGGUUCCAGUGGCAUGAGCAGAGGGACUACAUCGAGGCUACCUGGAGCUGUGGCUACUUCCUGGCUACGGCCUUUGUGCUGAUGAACCUCGUAGGACAGCUGGGUGGUUGUGUCCUCAUACUCAGUAGAAAUUUUGUACAGUAUGCCUGCUUUGGACUAUUUGCCAUCAUAGCGCUACAGACUGUUGCAUACAGCAUUUUAUGGGAUCUCAAAUUUUUGAUGAGAAACCUCGCCCUCGGAGGUGGUCUGCUGCUGCUGCUGGCCGAGUCUCGUUCGGAAGGAAAGAGCAUGUUUGCUGGAGUACCCUCCAUGGGAGAGAGUUCGCCAAAGCAGUACAUGCAGCUGGGUGGUCGAGUACUGCUGGUGCUCAUGUUCAUGACUCUGCUGCACUUUGACUCCAACUUCUUCUCUAUCCUGCAGAACAUGGUUGGAACUGCACUCAUCAUCCUGGUGGCCAUAGGCUUCAAAACCAAACUGGCGGCGUUGACCCUCGUCGUGUGGCUUCUGGCCAUCAACAUCUACUUCAACGCCUUCUGGACCGUCCCCGCCUACAAGCCCAUGCACGACUUCCUCAAGUACGACUUCUUCCAGACCACCUCGGUCAUCGGUGGUCUGCUGUUAGUGGUGGCACUUGGACCUGGAGGAGUGUCCAUGGAUGAGAAAAAGAAAGAGUGGUAGGCCAAGGGGGUUUAAGAUAAGAGGAUUGCACACCACCACUAACUCCCCCCAUCGAUUGGGACUCAAAGACCUUCCCUCCUUCAGUUCCACUCACCAGGGAACACCGUUUUCUAGUUUAUUUUGUAUCAAUCCACUCACAUCUAUGGACAUUUAUUUUCUAUUUUACAUCAUGCAUAAUGCCAGAUUUGUUUUCCAUAACAACAAGAAUAAAAAAAGACCUGUGUGUUUCAAAGUGCAAUGAUGCAUAUUAUGACAAAAAGGUUUAUUUGUUUUGUUUGCAGAGAGAGAUGAAAAUAAUGUAUUGUAUUUUAUGGGUAUUAUGUCAUGAGUUAUAAUAGAUUAACGUUCAUAUUUUCUGAGUAAAUGCGGCAGAGUGGACCGAGUGCAGCAGUUUGCCCCCUCCCCACCCCAUGGAUGUUGGUCUUUUUUUUUUUUGCCGUUGGAUCUUAGUGUCAGAGACUUACUCUUUAUAUCAAACUCGGGCACUGAUUUGACAGCAACUCGCCUUGACUCCAGGUUUCAUCUUCCCUGUGGUUUUUCCUUCAACACGGUAGCCUUUAAAACAUCUUUACACCUUCAAUCUCAUCUGACUCUUGUUCAUGGGGAGUUGAAUCCAGAGGGAGGGGGGGGGGACAUGUACGUUGUGUUCAAAUUGGUGGAUUGCAGUCGUGCUUGAUGAAAGUUUCAACACAAUUGUUAGCGCCAGGACUUGUUAUUGAGUAUUUUGUCCUGUAUGUCUUUGGCAAAUGCCUAACUUGUGAACUGUAUAUGAUCUGGUCAAUAAGAGUGGGAGGCUCAAUGUUUGUGAAACACCAUAAUCUGCAAUCUAGAACAGCCAAGAGGACUUAGCAGUGUCACUUACUAUCUGGACUUGCUCAGUGUUUUUUGCCCUGUGUAAGAAAUGAAAAUAAACAAAUUCAGUGUAUUGAUUUCAAAAGUUUAUAUUGUAUUUUUUAUUUUGGAACUUCAUGGCGAAUAAAUAAAAAUUCUAAAAUAUAAA